AUGAGUUUGCAAGAAUGUAGACUAAAAAGAUCUAGAGUCCCAAAUUUCACUGCUGAUGAAAAAAGUUUAUUGACCAGACUUGUAAACAAAAGAAGGGAUAUAGUUGAAUGUAAACUUACUGACGGGAAUUCAAUAGCUCGAAAGAAAGAGGCCUGGUUAUCAAUAGAGCGGGAAUUUAAUAGCGAGGCUAAUGAUUACAAACGAGAUCAUAUAAUUUUAAAGAGGGCCUGGGAUAAUUUGAAAGCUUCUACGCGAAAGGUGCGUGCUGCAGAUAAGAGCAGUCAAAAUAAAACGGGAGGAGGCCCUCCAGUUCAACUAACUACUCCACAGAAAAAAUCUAACAUGAACACAGUGGAAGAAACUGUUCCGUCACUCAGUUGUGAGGUCAAAAACAAUUUUGAUUCUGAUGGUGUUGUACUUGGAAAUAUAUCUAUAUCCAUUGAUGAGAGUGGCAGUGACACAUUCCCAUUCAAAACUGACUCAGCUGCAGAGUUCUUAGAAGUCUGUGAACAAAACAAUACAUCUCAAACAGAAUCUAUGGACACAAACGUUUCAGAUGAACAUAUUACAAACCCACUUCCACUUAACAGAAGGUCCAGAAGUACUAAUGAUUUUGUAUGUAGAGAGUCUGCCCUACGUUUGAAAACAUUUCAGAUUAAAAGCAAGCUAGAAAAUCAGAUAUUAAAGGCAAAGCUAAAGACUGCUCUACUACAGCAAGAGGCAGCACAAGUUAGUCUAGAAACAGCAAAAUUAGAGCUGGAAAUUAAAAAAAAGCUUUGGAAAGCACAGUUC